ACCAAUUUUUCUAUUUAAAUUUCCUGUUUGGUUGUCGAGAAAAUGGGAGUGCCGGAAACUGACCCAUUGGCGCAACUGAGCUUGCCACCAGGAUUCCGGUUCUAUCCAACGGAUGAAGAGCUUUUGGUGCAAUAUUUAUGCAGGAAAGUUGCAGGGCAUCAUUUUUCUCUGCAAAUCAUUGGUGAAAUCGAUUUAUACAAAUUUGAUCCUUGGGUUUUACCCAGUAGGUUAAAUCGAAUCCAUCCCCCCUUUGUCUACUUAUUGUUAAACGUUUAUUCGUUGGCUAACCAAAAAUAUAUAUUGUUUUGCUUAGGUAAAGCUAUAUUCGGUGAAAAAGAAUGGUAUUUUUUCAGUCCAAGAGACCGGAAGUAUCCGAACGGAUCACGACCCAACAGAGUCGCCGGUUCGGGGUAUUGGAAAGCUACCGGAACUGAUAAAGUUAUCAUGAGUGAUGACCGGAAAGUUGGUAUAAAGAAAGCUCUGGUCUUUUACAUCGGAAAAGCACCUAAAGGGACUAAAACGAAUUGGAUCAUGCAUGAAUAUAGACUCCUGGGGACUUCCCGUAAACACGGUAGCUCCAAGUUGGAUGAUUGGGUUUUAUGUAGAAUAUACAAGAAGAAGUCAAGUGCUCAAAAAUCAUUUUCAAGUUCAACUGUUCCGAGCAAAGAGCAUAGCUACAAUGGCUCAUCAUCGUCUUCUUCCUCCCAUAUCGACGACAUGCUUGAGUCAUUCCCCGACUUAGACGAUCGUUUCUUUUCUCUGCCACCAGUGAGCUCAUUGAAAACGCUUCAGAAUGAUAAGAAAACGGGGUUCCACAACCUGGGUUGUGGGAAUCUAGAUUGGACGAGUCUUGCGGGGCUCAGCUCGGUGCCGGAGUUGGUUCCCAGUGGACAAACCCAGACUCAGGGGAUUCCGAGUUAUGGAGAUAAUGACCUGUAUGUCCCGACGAUUCGGCCUACAUUAAGCCAGAUGGAUAUGUCAACGAGUAAAGUUGGUGGCUCGGUCGAAGAGGAAGUACAGAGUGGACUCAGAACUCAGCGAGUUGAUAACUCUGUGCUUUUUCAACAUAACAUUAGAGGGCUGAUGACCCAGAACUUCUCUAACUCAGUCGACCGACAUGGAUUCCGGUACCCGACUCAGUGGAGUGGGUUUGGUUUUAGGCAAUAAAUAAUAGAUAAAAAAACAAUGGUAUAGAAUACGAGAGGAAUUUCAAAAUUUUGUGUAAUGGUAACAAAAAUGAAAAUCUGAAGAAACUGACGAGUUGGUUUAUUUAAUUGAGUUAAUAGUUAAUAAUAUUUUAUUUAUUUAUUUAUCA